AUGCCGACAGAGGAGACCAAGAACGUCGGGCCUGGAGCCGACUACGAUUCAAAGGCAGUGCCUCAAGUCGUUUCAAUGAGCGAUUCGGAAUCGUCCUCGUCAAUUGGGGCCCGUAGGGGACAGAUCAAGUCCAUUGACUGCGCGUUUGAUACAACGGAAGAUCCUCGGUACUACAAGCCUAUCCCGGAAUAUGAGGGUAUCCAUCGGUGGGACCCCGAUUUUGAAUGGACGGAGGAGGAGGAAAAGGCGGUGGUCAAGAAGAUUGACUGGCGCAUCUGCACCUUUGCAUGUGUGACCUUCUUUGCCCUCCAGCUGGACCGCGGAAAUGUGGUUCAAGCCACGUCCGAUAAUAUGUUGGGUGACCUGGGCAUGAACACCAACGACUAUAAUACCGGCCAGACGAUCUUCUUACUCACCUUCUUGUUUGCGGAGCUGCCUUCGCAAUUGCUGUCCAAGUGGUUCGGACCCGACCGUUGGAUCCCGGUGCAGAUGGUCUCAUGGAGUGUAAUCGCGGCCUGCCAAGCCUUUGUCAAGAACCGGACCACCUAUUUCACGACCCGAGCCUUGCUGGGUCUGCUGGAGGGUGGAUUCAUCCCGGACACGAUCCUCUUUCUCUCCUUCUGGUAUAAAUCCAAGGAGCUCCCCAUCCGCCUCAGCUUCUUCUGGGUCGCCUAUGAAGCAACGUCGAUUGUCAGCGCCUUCCUGGCGUUUGGCUUCUUGCACAUCCACGGGUCCGAUGGCAAAGGAGGCUGGCGCUACCUCUUUGCAUUCGAGGGCCUGAUCACCGGAGUGAUUGGCAUUAUCGCCGCGUUCUGGAUGCCCGCCUCGCCCACCCAGACCGCGGGUGUGCUUCGCGGCAAGAAGGGCUGGUUCAAUGAGCACGAGGAGAAGAUCAUGGUCAACCGCAUUCUCCGCGAUGACCCCAGCAAAGGCGGCAUGCACAACCGCCAGCCUGUCACACCGCGCAUGCUCUGGCAUGCGCUCCAGGACUAUGACAUGUGGGUCAUCUACAUCCUCGGGCUGACCUGGAUGAUCGCGAGUAUCCCCGCCACCAGCUACAUCAGUCUGGAGCUGAAGUCGCUGGGGUUCAGUACUUUCCACACCAACUUGUUGAGUAUUCCUGCCUACGUCAUCUUCAUCAUCAACUUGUUGUUGUGGACUUGGAUAUCGGAGAGGUUCAACCAGCGGCUCCUGAUGGGUGUUGGCGCCGAGAUUUGGGCAUUGGUAAUCUUGAUUGCGCUGGAAGUUCUCCCCAACGAUGCCAAUACGUGGGUGCGAUGGACGUUGCUCACCCUGUUGCUGGGCAUGCCUUACGUGCAUGCGAUCAUUGUAGCGAUCACGUCUCGCAAUGCGGGCACAGUUCGAACAAGAACGGUUGCGACGGCACUGUACAACAUGGCAGUGCAGGUGAGCAACAUCAUCGGUAAUAAUAUCUACCGACAAAACGACAAGCCAUACUACCGCACUGGUAACAAGGUGCUGAUUGCCAUCGCUACAUGGAGUUUGGUGAUGUUCAUCAUUGCGAAGCUCUACUACGUGCACCGAAACAAGCAAAACGCUGCUAUCUGGGACAACAUGACAAGCGAAGAAAAAGAGCGCUAUGUCGCCGAAAACAAAGACCUCGGAAACAAGAGGGUUGACUUCCGCUUCUUACAUUAA